AUGAGCCAACUGGACACAAGCGGGAACUGCUCGUUCAGGGACGUGGACACCGUGAUGAGGACCCUACAGCUGGCAGUGCACAUCCCCACCUUCCUCCUGGGUCUGCUGCUCAACCUGCUGGCCAUCCGCGGCUUCAGCACCUUCCUGAAGAAGAGGUGGCCGGCCUAUGCUGCCACCUCCAUCUACAUGAUCAACCUGGCGGUCUUUGACCUGCUGCUGGUGCUGUCCCUCCCGUUCAAGAUGGCCCUGUCCCACGUGCGGCCCCCCUUCCCUUCCUUGUGCACGCUGGUGGAGUGUCUCUAUUUCAUCAGCAUGUAUGGCAGCAUCUUCACCAUCUGCUUCAUCAGCCUGGACAGGUUCCUGGCCAUCCGGUACCCACUCCUGGUCAGCCACCUCCGGUCCCCCAGGAAGAUCUUCGGGAUCUGCUGCACCAUCUGGGCCCUGGUGUGGGCCGGGAGUAUCCCUAUCUACAGCUUCCAUGAGAAAGUGGAAAAGUACACGUGCUUCCACAACAUGUCUGAUGGCACCUGGAGUGCCAAGGUCUUCCUCCCCCUCGAGGUGUUUGGCUUUCUUCUUCCCACGGCCAUCAUGGCUUUCUGCUCCUCCAGGAGCGUUGGCAUUCUGCUCGGCCGUCGGAACCACACCCAGGACUGGGUCCAGCAGAGAUCCUGCAUCUGGACCAUCGUGGUCAGUCUGGCUGUCUUUGUGGUCUCCUUCCUUCCAGUCCACCUGGGUUUCUUCCUGCAGUUCCUGGUGAGGAACGGCUUUAUCGUGGAGUGCAGAGCCAGGCAGAGCAUCAGCUUGUUCUUGCAAUUGUCCCUGUGCUUCUCCAACGUCAACUGCUGCCUGGAUGUUUUCUGCUACUACUUUGUCAUCAGAGAAUUCCGCAUGGACCUCAUGGCCCACCGGCCUUCCAGGAUCCAGCUGGUCCUCCAGGACACCUUGAACACCAGGGGCUAA